GAGUCGUAGCGGGCAGCUGUGAAAGAAAGAUGGCAGGAAGAAGAGCGAUGUUGAGUAGUGAUCGAAUACAUUGCGACGAAAGUAGCGGCUGUAGAGAACUGUUUGAAGCUUGCAGGAACGGCGACGUGGCCAGGGUGAAGAAGCUCAUCACCCCACAGAACGUGAACGCCCGGGAUACGGCCGGGAGGAAGUCUACGCCGCUCCAUUUCGCCGCAGGUUUUGGUAGGAAAGACGUUGUGGAACACCUCCUUCAGAACGGCGCCAACGUCCACGCUCGCGACGACGGCGGGCUCAUCCCGCUCCACAACGCCUGCUCCUUUGGACACGCCGAGGUCGUGACCCUCUUGUUGAGAAACGGCGCCGAUCCGAACGCCCGUGACAACUGGAACUACACCCCGCUUCAUGAGGCUGCCAUCAAGGGGAAGAUAGAUGUUUGCAUUGUUCUGCUGCAAAAUGGGGCUGAUCCCUCCAUUCGUAACACAGACGGGAAAACAGCUUUGGACUUGGCUGAACCAUCUGCCAAAACUGUUCUAACAGGAGAUUACAAGAAGGAUGAACUGCUGGAAGCAGCAAGGAGUGGAAAUGAAGACAAGUUGAUGGCCCUGCUGACACCACUGAAUGUCAACUGUCAUGCUAGUGAUGGGAGAAAGUCCACCCCUCUCCAUCUGGCAGCGGGGUACAACCGUGUGCGGAUCGUUCAGCUGAUCCUGCAGCACGGCGCGGACGUGCACGCCAAGGACAAGGGCGGGCUGGUCCCGCUGCACAACGCCUGCUCCUACGGGCACUUCGAGGUGACGGAGCUGCUGCUGAAACACGGCGCCAGCGUCAACGCCAUGGACCUCUGGCAGUUCACUCCUCUGCACGAGGCAGCUUCCAAAUCUAGAAUUGAGGUGUGUUCCCUGCUGCUGUCCCAUGGUGCAGACCCCACGUUGCUCAACUGUCAUUCCAAGAGUGCCAUCGACGUGGCUUCAACACCUGAGCUACAGGAGAAGCUGUCCUAUGAGUUCAAGGGCCACUGCCUUCUUGACGGAGCCCGGCAGACAGACAUGGCCAAGGUGAAGAAACACCUUCAACUGGACAUUGUCAACUUCAAGCACCCGUACACCCAUGACACAGCUUUGCACUGUGCGGCCCUGUCCCCGUACCCGAAGCGGCGACAGAUCACGGAGCUGCUCAUCAGGAAAGGCGCCAACCUGAACGAUAAGAACAAAGAGUUCCUGACACCCCUUCAUGUGGCCUCAGACAAGUGUUACAUAGAUGUGAUGGAGGUUCUGUUGAAACAUGGUGCAAAGGUGAAUGCACUGGACAGUCUGGGACAGACGGCCCUCCACAGAGGCGCCCACUGCGGACACGUCCAGGCCUGCCGGCUACUGCUGAGCUUCGGAGUGGACCCCAGUAUCGUGUCCUUACAGGGAGUGACUGCAGCACAGAUGGCCACAGAAGCCGUGCAGCAGAUGUUACAUGAGGACCCUCCCAGUGGCCCAGCAGACGAGUGUGACCAGCUUCUGGAGGCUGCCAAGGCAGGAGACUUAGAAGCUGUCAAGGUCCUGUGUAACCCGCACACCGUGAACUGUCGUGACGUGAACGGUCGACACUCCACGCCGCUGCACUUCGCCGCGGGCUACAACCGUGUGGCGGUGGUGGAGUACCUCCUCCAACAUGGCGCUGACGUCCACGCCAAGGACAAAGGUGGACUGGUGCCUCUCCAUAAUGCCUGUUCCUAUGGCCAUUAUGAAGUCUGUGAGCUGCUCCUCAAGCACGGGGCCGUGGUGAAUGUCGCUGACCUGUGGAAGUUUACCCCGCUUCAUGAAGCGGCAGCCAAGGGCAAGUACGAGAUCUGCAAACUGCUCCUGAAGCACGGUGCCGACCCUAACAAGAAGAACCGUGAUGGGAACACUCCGCUGGACUUGGUGCGGGACGGGGACACAGACAUACAGGACUUACUCAGAGGUGAUGCUGCUUUGCUGGAUGCAGCCAAGAAGGGGAACCUGGCUCGGGUGCAGAAACUGGCCACACCAGAGAACAUCAACUGUAGGGACACCCAGGGACGCAACUCCACACCACUGCACUUAGCCGCUGGUUACAACAAUGUGGAGGUUGCUGAGUUCCUUCUGGAGAAUGGAGCAGACGUCAACGCCCAGGACAAGGGUGGACUCAUCCCGCUACACAACGCCUCAUCAUACGGGCAUGUUGAGAUUGCCCAGCUACUGAUCAAGUACGGGACAUGUGUGAACGCCACGGACCGCUGGAACUUCACACCACUCCACGAGGCAGCACAGAAGGGAAGAACACAACUCUGUGCACUGCUGUUGGCCCAUGGUGCCGACCCUACCAUGAAGAACCAAGAGGGACAAACGCCACUGGACUUGGCCACAGCUGAAGACGUGCGAGCUCUCCUGGUGGACGCCAUGCCGCCUCAGUCCCUCCCAGCAGCCAUCACUGCCGCCACCGUCAAGGCGGCGAGUCCCAUCUCCUCCCCCAGCACCACGCCGUCCUCCACCCCCGGCGUGCUGUCCACCGCCUCCAGCAUGGACCACCUGGUCGGCGCCGUUGGCGGGGCGGGGCAGGGAGACGGCGCCAUCGAUCGCUCCGCAGUCGAGGGCGAAAGUCUGUUGGACAUGACCAUCUCCAGCUUCCUGCAGCAGCUGGGCCUGAACCAACUACUGGACAUCUUCAACAAGGAACAGAUCACGCUGGACAUCCUGGGAGAGAUGGGCCACGAGGAGCUUAAGGAGAUCGGAGUCAACGCCUACGGACACAGACACAAACUCAUCAAAGGGGUGGAGAGAAUACUGGGGGGAACAGGUACAACGUUAAACCCAUACCUGACCCCCGCCUUGGGGAGUCAUGGUACGAUCCUGACUGACCUGAGUCCAGAUGACAAGGAGUAUCAGUCAGUGGAAGAAGAGGUGCAGAGUACAAUUCGUCAGCACAAAGACCAGGGCCAAGCUGGGGGGAUCUUCAAUAGGUAUAAUGUUAUCAAGAUUCAGAAGGUUCGAAACAAGAGACUUUGGGAUCGUUACGUCCACAGGAGAAAAGAAGUGUCAGAAGAGAACCAUAACCAGUCCAACGAGAGGAUGUUGUUUCAUGGUUCACCCUUCAUUAAUGCAAUAAUCAACAAAGGGUUUGAUGAGAGACAUGCCUACAUUGGCGGCAUGUUUGGAGCAGGUAUCUACUUUGCAGAGAACUCGUCGAAGAGUAACCAGUAUGUGUAUGGAAUAGGGGGAGGGACAGGCUGUCCUAUCCACAAGGACCGCUCCUGUUACAUCUGUCAAAGACAAAUGCUGUUCUGCAGAGUUACGUUGGGUAAGGCAUUCCUACAGUUCAGUGCAAUGAAGAUGGCCCACGCUCCCCCGGGACACCACUCUGUCAUCGGCAGGCCCAGUGUCGGCGGGCUCAACUUCGCAGAGUACGUCAUCUACAGGGGCGAACAGGCUUUUCCAGAAUACCUGAUCACCUACCAGAUAGUGAAGCCUGAGGCCCCGGCCGCCCCCAGCCCUGACCAGAAAUAACCGCCAUCUUAGGUGGUUCAACCUGAAAUUUGCCAAGGCCUAGAAAAAAAUUUGUAUUUCCUGUUUCCCGACCGACCCUAGAAAAACUGCCAACUCUAGCAUUUUUUGUGUUGACCUCUGCAAGGGACAGAAAUUCUUCGAGCUUAUCAACCUUUUAAACUCUAUGAUCUGACACCUGAGUGAUGAAACGUUGUAUAACAGAUUUUCCAGCAUUGACAUUGAAAAUAUAAGUGUCUUCAUGUCAGUUUGACUUUGUUAAACUGUAUGUUUGAUCACUAAAGGUCAUCAAAAGUCUUUAAAAAAAAGAAAAAAAGAUAAUCCCAACCUACCUACCAACCCUAAUUUUUUCAGGACUGAAACAGGAAACACAACAUUUUUUCCUAGGCCCAAGUAGAUUUGAGUACUUUGUAUAUGUAAUUAUCUUCACCUGCAAACACCCCAUAUGGCCUGCUGUACUGGAUAAGAGCAGCAAUAACAUUGGAGGACUGUUUUUGAUGUGUUGGUCUUACAUCACCCUGCACAGUCAUAGCAGACAUCAAAAAGAUAAUUUAUGCACCCAGUUUUGUAAACAUAAUGAAACAGCCCUCCCCAUUGGCUGCUUGUGUUUUUACUGCAGUAUUAUUCAAUAUCAUGUUUUUCUGAGCUUGCUAUUGUAUUUGGGUUUUCCUUAAAUGUCGGAUGUGUGCAAGUAUUCAAACUUCAAAGUUGCAAAUGUGAAGUUACAAAAUCAUGCCAUGUGUUAUAUUCUAUGUUACAGUAUAUGCAAAAAUGUAUGAUAUUUCAAAAAAGUAGUGCUAUGUGCCAUGGCGGGACUGGACCAGGUGUAUUUCAAAGCAUAACUGUUUGGAGAACUUGAGUUCACUGAUUUGGCCUUGCCAAUUUAUUUCCUUGGUUGUUGGACAUAUUAAACUGAAAAUUUACCAACAAGUCAUUGUAACAACAGAGGGUUGGGAGAAAAACUGCAACAGACUAGUACAAAAUUUCCUUUCAAUGUAGUAACCAAGGUCCAGACGUUCCACUCUGACUUUUCAUGUUAAUCUUCAAGUUCAGCACUAUUUUUACCUUCACCAUUUCAUCCCCUUGACAACUAUAAAUCAAAUCUUUUUUUAACAGUGCAACAAAGCCAUUUGAAACCUUUCUCUCAAAAUAGCAUUUCAAGAGGUCCUACAGAAGCAUGGCCCCAAGCCUCAUUGGACCUCCAGCACUGUUCACAAAACUUUGCUUUAUCCAAAUUUAAAGCUGGAGAGAACCCUUAGUUUGAUAGUGAAAAGUGUCACGGAAAUACUUUUUCUUUUCAACUUUGUUGAGGCAAGGAGCUUCAAACAACAACAUCCUUGGUUGAGGUCGUUGUAAUUUUUGAUCCUCGCGUGCCUUGACUGCAAACAAUGUUCUAAGAUGGGUGAUGCAAUCACAAUAUGUUAUUACAUGUUAUUAUAAUGAUACUUUGGUCUUUGAAGCCUACAUGUUUGUUACACUUUGAAUUCACAGCUGGUCACAGUUUUGUCUCAUUAUAAUCUCCAAGCAGAAUAAAUCAGUGGGGGUUGGUUUUGUUGGUAUUUUUCAGCCUAUCCUGCAAUUCCACAGUUCUUUUUGAUGGUGCCCGUUUUCUUUUGGACAACCCUCCCAUCUUUUGCACACUAGUUGUUUGCAGUGUCUAAAUCGAAGCAGGUUCAAAAUCCAGGAGUGGAUAUAUAUGUAUAUAUUAUUUUGGCCACACCAAUUUAAUUUGUUCUCAGAUUCACCUACUUCA